AAAAGAAUGGCACAAAGCCAAUUAUGAUGAAGCAUCGAGAGGAAGUUCAUGUCAUCUACCUACACUUUACAAUAAUUUUCACUUUGAAAAUUCUUUUUUCUUGGAGUUAUCACGAGAUUUCGGGGAAAUACAUAAAAAAAAAGCUUGUGGAAUGUGUAGGCUUUAUUGCGCGUGUAGGUAUAAUGGUGUUAUAGGGAAAACAAGUACACUGUAUGGCCAUUGAUAACUUUGUAGGAUGUUCAAUGUUAUAUAUAGACAUACCAGAGAAAGCGGGGAAAAGAAAAGCUGUGAGAAAAUUUUUCGUGAAGUGACGCGCAAAUGAAUCAGCCACACAAAAACAGACGGUUUUGAGGAAAAUCGAAGCACUCUGUGCCUCAGUCGCCUAGCGAUCGCCUACUAGAUCACUCACAUCGUAUAAAUAUUUCCCUGAGAUAUUUAUUUUUGCGAAAAACCCAUAAUUACGAGUUUGAGUUCUUCAGUACAAUAUUCACAUGAAAAUUUAAGUGCUUUUGUGUUGAAAAAGAGCAGUGAAAGUGAUGAUAUUUCGGGUGAAUAUUGGUGCAUCGUAAAUUUUAUUGCAAUUGAGAGACUUUCGUUUUCGUUGACUUUUGACAAAUUGUUUAUUAGAAUAUUUUGCAAAUUAUUUCUUAUCAAACUGAACUCCAUUCAAAGCGGCAAAAUUUGAGAUAAGAUGACGGAAAGUGAGAAUAAACUUGCUACAUUCUUCUGUGAUACCCUUAUGCAAGAAAGUUGUCAACGAGAGGAUCCUGUGGAGCAUAUCUUUGGCAAAAAAUUAUGCGUAUUAAGUUCAGGAAUUGAGGAAAGACAAAAUCCCAGUAAUUCACUCAAUGGUCUCUCUCAAAUACUACCAUCCUUGUAUUUAUGUGGAGCUGGAGCAGCACGUCCGGACGUAAUAUCAGAUCUCGGUGUCACUCUAAUAGUCAAUGUGGCUCCUGAAUUACCGGACACACCAUUGCCUGAACCUCCACCUGCGUAUAUGCGUGUUUCAGUUCUGGAUAAGGGAGAGAAUGACAUAAGGACUCACUUUGAUGAAGUAACAUCGAGAAUUGAGACUGAGAGACUGAAAAAAGGUGUAACCCUCGUUCAUUGUGUGGCCGGGGUCAGUCGGUCAACAUCCUUCUGUCUCGCGUACUUGAUACGCUAUUUCGGUAUGACCCUCAGAGAUUCCUUCCUAUACUUGAAGGCAACAAGACCCCAAAUACGUCCCAAUGUGGGAUUCUUCAGGCAACUGAUAGCGUACGAAGAGGAAGUUCUUGGCCUCUCUACAGUGUCGAUGAUCUUCAUAGAGGCCAUCGGUCAGGAAGUUCCCGAUGUCUACGCACCGCAGUACAAAGCCAUGGAACAGUUCUACAGAAAACACCGAAAGCAUGCCAGAAGGAGAGAUUGAAGAAAACUGACAACAUAAGACAUUUUAUAAAAUAUUAUUCAUAAUUUUAAUUUAAAGUGAUUAGAAAAUAAAGUACUUUUAAAUUGACA